AUGAUAAAUAAUAUAGCAAGAAAGCAAACCUAUAUCAGUAAAUUGCUAGAAGAAAAGCUAGCCCUUCAGCUAAUAUAUCAAAGGUGCAAAGCUGAGGGUAAUGAUAUCCCAGAUUUUCUUGUGAAGCUAAGAUUAUACUUGCAAAACCAAGAUGUAAAUCCAGCAGAUAAUGCAGGAGGUUCACCAACAGGAAGAGAAGUAGCUAUAGGAUAUUUAAGAGGCUCAAACUUACUUAAUAAUACUGGACAAGCUAACAUAGUAGCUGUAAAUGAAUGUACAGCUAUUCAGAUAGGAGCUAAUAGAAUAAACAAGCAAGCUGUUGCUCAAAAAGCACAAGCACCUGCUCUACAGAUAGUAGAACCAGUUAAACAACAGAGAAGUCCCUCAUCAUCUUUGCAAUCAGAAAAAAGUUUCAAAAAUUAUUAUGUAGCCGAAUAUUUAAAAGAAUUAGAUUUAUUAAAUAAUAAUGAUUUAGACUCAACUUAUUCUAAGAUUGAUAAGCCAUUUGAUUUUGCUAUAAAGAGCAAUUCCAAACAUAUUACUAAUUUAUUAGAAUGGUACACAGAUGUGCCAGUUAUUAUGAAGGACAAAGAGGGAAAGACAGUCAUGGUUAUUGGAAAUUUUGUAUAUAUAGAUAAUGGCAAACCUGAACCAAUGCUAUUUUUAAGUAUGUCUAAUAUUCAAAAGCUUCAAGGUGUUUCUGAGCCAAAUAAAAACCAGUUUUGUAUAAAGUUACAUGAGAAGACUUAUGUUAUUUCAACAUAUAGCAAGGCCCCAGUAGCUAAACAACUGUCAAAAGAGGAGCAAAACCAA